AUGUCCAUUUGAAUUUCACCUGAUUGACCCAUAAUGAACUAAUCAAAUUUUUGUAUUGAAAUCUGGCCCCAACAUUUCUCUGUCCAAUGGUGAAAACCGUAGAUCUCUAGCUCAUUGCGUUCUUGAGUUAUUCAGAAAACUGUGGCGGACACUAUAUUUUGGAACGGACUUUAGUGGCGAAUCAUUAUCAUCAACAACAGGCACUUGUACACUUACAAAUGGAAUUAAUUUUGGCAUUGAAUUAGAAGAAUGUGAAUCAUCGUCAAUCUCACGUUGUAUUCCAAUAGUUGUAGAAAUUUUAACACGUCUUGUUGAAUUACGUGGAAUUAAUUGUCAAGGAAUUUAUCGACAUGCCGGAGGUUUAACAGCAGUUAAUUGGCUUGUUCAUGAAUUAGAUAAAGGUGCAGAAAAUAUUGAAUUUAAUUCGGAAAAAUGGUAUGAUGUUAAAGCUGUUGCAUCCACAUUAAAAACAUUUUUUGCUAAAUUACCCGAUUCACUUUUAUCAUCAAAAAUGAGCAGUUUAUGUGUGGAAGCAAGUCUAAUUGAAAAUCAUUGUGAUCGUGUAGUUGAAUUAAAACGACUUGUUAUUCAAUUAGAUGAUUGUCGGUUUGAAACAUUAAAAUAUUUAUGCGCUCAUUUUCGACGAGUCGCUUCGAAAUGUCAUAUUAAUAAGAUUGAUGCUAGAAAUUUGCCAAUUAUAUUUGGACCAACAUUAAUUUGGGAUUCAAAAGCAUCAUUACAAGCAAAUCUUGUUGAUAAUCCAGAAAAAAUUAGAAUUGUGGAAUCUUUUAUUUUAUAUUAUGAAUGGUUUUUUGAUCAUAAUGAAUAUAAUGAUAUACCAGUUGAAAUAAAUCCUCAAAUGCCAAAUUUACCAUCAGUACUACAUGUUGGUAAUAUUGAUCCUGAAAUAUCUUUAACCAAUGAAACAAAACCAUCGGAAAUAAUUCAACAAAUAGUUCAUGCAGCUAAAAGACGAUGGUCAUCACCAUUAUUACUUGAUUCCUUAUCAUCAUUAAGUACAACAACAGAACAACAAACAUCAAAACCAAUAAAUAUAUCUGUUAAAAGCAGAAAUCGUCGACAAGAUAAAAAAGAAGAAAAAUCAUCUCGAUCUCGUUCUGUUGAUUCCUCAUUAAAUGAAAAACAAUCAAAUCCAACAACAGUAUCAUCAUCAACAGAUUCAGCUGUUUAUUCAAUGUCAGAUAUCAGUUCAUCAAUAAGUACAACAGUUAAAAAACCAUCACAAUCAUUAAAAGACAUUUCACAUUUCUUUCAUUAUUUUACUUUAUCCAAUGAAAAAACAAAAUCAAAAACAUUAACAAAUAUUCGAAGAAAAACAUUACGAAAAAAAUUAACUAAUGAAACAUUUAUUUCGCCAGCAAAUAAAGAUGAUGAUAUUUAUGAAAGAAUAAGUAAUUCAAGUAUUUGUUUUAUUGAUCAAUCACCAAAUCAUGAAAUUGAUUUUGUUCAACAAACUUCUUUAUUAAAAUCAAAAUUAAUUCAACAUGAAAAUAUUCUUAAAACAUUAAAACAACAAAUAAAUCAAGUUGAUCAACAAAUAUUAAUUAUUCAAGAAGAUUCAAAAAAUAAUAAUCAAGAUAUUAAACUAUCCCCUUGUUCAAAUCGUCAAUUAAUUAAGCGUCGUCAUACAUUUAAUUCACUUUUUGAUUUAAAUUGUUUAUUUAUAGAAAAAGAUAAAUAUUCAUCCUCGUCUUUAUAUGCCUUACAACUUUUGUGA